AUGCCCGAGGAGAUCAAGAAGAAGCCCGUGAGCUUGCUGAACAUCGCGUUGGGCGCCGCGUUGAACCUCGCCGAGGUGCUGACGUUGGGCCAGCCGUUGGAGGUCGUCAAAACGACGAUGGCGGCGAACCGGCUGUUGCUGAUGCCUCAAGCCAUUAAAGUGGUGUGGUCCCGCGGCGGGUUAGCCGGUUUCUACCAAGGGUUAAUUCCCUGGGCGUGGAUCGAGGCGCUGACUAAAGGCGCCGUGCUUUUGUUUGUGUCGCUGGAGGCGGAAUAUAACUUCAAACGGCUUGGUUUGGGCAAUUUCGGCGCCGGGAUCAUGGGGGGUGUCACCGGGGGUUUGGCCCAGGCCUACGCCACCAUGGGUUUUUGCACGUGUAUGAAAACCGUCGAGAUCACUCGCCACAAACAGGCGCUGGCCGGUGCUCCCGUGGAACUGUCGUGGCAAGUGUUUAAGAACAUCUAUAAGAGAGAAGGGAUUCGAGGCAUUAACAAGGGGGUUAACGCCGUGGCCAUUCGUCAAAUGACCAAUUGGGGGUCGCGGUUCGGGUUUGCCCGGUUAGCCGAAGAAACCAUCAGAAAGGUGACUAAUAAGGAUAAACUGACUCCGUUGCUGGCGUGGGAAAAGAUCGCGUCGUCAGUAAUCGGGGGCGGGUUGUCGGCGUGGAACCAGCCCAUUGAAGUGGUCCGUGUGGAAAUGCAACUGGCCACCAAGGACCCCAACCGGCCUAAGAACUUAGGGGUGAUGUCGGCGUUGAAAUACAUUUACCAGAAUAACGGCAUCAAAGGGUUAUACCGUGGUGUCACUCCGAGAAUCGGGUUGGGCGUGUGGCAAACGGUGUUCAUGGUCGCGUUUGGCGAUAUGAUCAAAAAGAAGUUGGGCGCGACCGGCGGCGGGCACUAA